AUGAGGCUCGACGUGAAUGUGCUUCGGUAUAUGACGAAGGAGGAGUUUCGCGUCCUGACGGCGAUCGAAUUGGGACAGAAGAAUCACGAGCUCGUCCCGACGCCGCUCAUCAAUUCCAUCGCGAAAUUGAAGAGGGGAGGGACCUACAAGUACAUCUCCAUGCUGCACAAGAACAAGCUCAUCGCGCACGAGGCCAAGAAGUACGAUGGCUACAAGCUCACCUACACGGGGUAUGACUACCUGGCCCUCAAGGCGCUGCGCGAUCGCGGCGUCGUAUCGGCAGUCGGCACCAAGGUCGGCGUGGGCAAGGAGUCGGACAUCUACCUCACCACCAACGAUGAGCAAGAAGACCUCAUUCUCAAGCUGCACCGAUUGGGCCGCAUCUCCUUCCGGCAGAUCAAGAACAAGCGCGAUUACAUGCAACACCGAAAGCACGCGUCCUGGCUCUACAUGGCGCGCCUUUCUGCGCUCAAGGAGUUUGCCUACAUGAAGGUGCUCUACGACAAUGGUUUCCCCGUGCCCAAGCCUGUUGACGCGAAUCGCCACUGUGUGGUCAUGCAGCUCAUCAAGGGCUUUCCACUCUGCCAAGUCAGCGAGAUCCAGCAUCCGGGUCGAGUCUACAACAAGCUGAUGAAGCUCAUCGUCAAGCUCGCCAGAUAUGGCCUCAUCCACGGCGACUUCAACGAGUUCAACCUCAUGAUCACCCACGAGGAAGAGGUGGUGCUCAUCGAUUUCCCGCAGAUGGUCUCCACCAGCCACCCGAACGCCGAAGAGUACUUCGACCGCGAUGUGCAGUGCGUGCGCACUUUCUUCGGCAAGCGUUUCGGCACGACCGACGCAACAAAGAUCGACGAGGCGGCGGCGUCCAACGAGGCCGACGGAGAAGAAGCAGCAGACCCUAUCGUCGAUGGCGAAAAGAAGGAAGAUGGAGGAGAAGGGGAGGGAGAGGGCAAGAUUGAAGGCGAAGGCGAAGGGCAGACUGAAGAAGGUGAGGAGGAGGGCGAGAGGACUGCCGAGGGCGAUCUCCAGUUCCACAUCAGGAAGAGGAUCAACAAGAAGCUGGCCAAGCGAAGCAAGGGCAGCGGCGGCGACACCAGGAACUCCUACAAGAGCAAGGGCCGCCGGGUCGGCAACAAGGUCGACAAGGUGGGCAAGGCCUCGGGCUGGUACUGA